AUGGCGUUCAACGCUUCGACAAUGCGCGGUGUGGUCUAUAGCGGCAUCCCCUACCAGGUCAACGUAACGGACCUCCCGAUCCCAACCCUUUCCGCAGACACGGACGUCAUCGUUCGCCUCACGCACGCCGCCAUCUGUGGCUCGGACCUGCACAUGUACCAUGGCGUGCAGGGCGGCAGCGACGCGCCCUGGGUCAUGGGUCACGAAGGAAUUGGUUACAUCUCGGAAAUCGGUGAUGCUGUGACUUCGCUCGCGGUAGGCGACUACGUCGUUAUCCCAGACAACUUGGGCACCGGACACCUUGACCUUGAGCCAGAUUCCGGCCUGGAGAGUUAUGGGAUAGGCAGCGAAGAGUUGGGUGGUCUGCAGGCCGAGUACGCCCGCGUCCCGCACGCCGAAAUGAACCUCAUCCCCGUCCCGCAGCUCUCGGCCAACGCGACCAACGCCACGCUGGAGCGCGACUACCUCACGACGUCGGACAUCUUCGCCACGGGCUGGUCGGUCCUCGACUUCGCGGGCUUCGAGCCGGGCGACAGCGUCGCCGUCUUCGGCGCGGGGCCGGUCGGCCUGCUGGCCGCCUACUCGGCCAUCCACCUGCGCGGCGCGUCGCGCGUCUACUCGAUCGACCGCACGCCCGCCCGCCUCGCCCGCGCCGCCGCCCUCGGCGCCAUCCCCAUCAACUUCAACGAGAGCGACCCAGUCGCACAGAUCCUGGAGCGUGAGGGAGCCGGCGGCGUGCGGCGGGCGGUCGACUGCGUGGGCAUGGAGGCCGUCGACGCGCAGGGCCAGCUAGAUCCAGCCAUCGUGAUGAGGCAGAUGAUCGCGGUGACGGGCGCCCAGGGCGGCGUGGGCCAGGUCGGCGUCUGGCUGGCGCAGAACGCGACCAGCGCCGCCCCGCGCGCCGGCCUCAUCGACCCGGACGUCAGCUUCCCGCUGUCCGACUUCUUCGGCAAGGGCCUGCGCUUCCAGGCCGGCGUCGUCAAUCCGAGGGAGAGGGCGCCCGAGUUGGUGCGCCUGAUCGAGGCCGGGAAGGCCAGCCCGGCGAGCCAGAUCGAGACGGCCGUCAUUGGGAUUGAGGAGGCGCCCGAGUAUUACAGGAGGUUCGACGAGCACGAGGAGAUCAAGGUGUUUAUCAGGUUUCCCUGA